AUGCAAACUCGAAGUGCGACCAGGCGAGCUGCCCAGAAGAUUCUUUUACCUUUAGAAGAAGCAGAAACGUCCAAACAGUCUCCUGAUGAGAGAACACUUCCUUCACCAGUAGAAGAUGGAACAGUCCAAUUGGCCGUGGGUGCAAAAGCAAUCCCACCACCAGCUGAUGCAGGAGCGAUCUUAUCACCAAUCAAUGCUGGAGCGAUCCAACUUCCAACGGACGCAGGAGCGAUUCAAUUGCCAGUACACAACGGGACGGUCCGUCGACCAGCAGAUAAAGAGGCAUUCUACCAAACUUCUACCACACAUACCCCCCAAAGGAGUCCUCCAGAGCCAGCGGACCAAGAAAACGUGCGUUCACCAAAAGAAGACAGAAAGUUUUGGCUGGCUUCUAUCAAGAACGCUACCAACAAAAGACCUUCAGGGGGCACAAGAAUGUUACGAUCGGCUGCUCCUGGGGUGAAGAGACACGCUGAAGACAACGAAGAGGAUGAUUACCAUCCACAAGCGAUUAAGCGAGUGAAAGCCGCAUCCAAGGACGCAUCAUCUACCCAGGAGAUCAGGGUAGAUCUCCCCCAUGGUUUAGGAAGUUACAUUUCCAACCUGGCGGUCAUCGUCAGAGAUGAGAACUCGUUCCCAAACAGCUGCUCUGAUGAUUUCGCGUCGACGAGAAAGAACAUGACUGCAGAAGAUUUAGAGAAAGCUUCCAAGAGAUACCGACGAUUAAAGAAGCCGACAACAGCGACCGUGGAUCUCAGUGAGGCAAACGAAGAGGCGAUCGACAAAGCAGGAAGCGAUCCAGAUUCAACUGACGACCUAGAUUCAGAGGACGAACAGAAGGUCGUCAAGGAGAAGGAUUAUGGACUGAUGCCAGGAGAGACACCGUACCGCGACUGGCCUGGACCUAGUGCAGGGGAGUGCCAGGUUGUCUACGACAUCCUUGUUCAGGAAUACCAAAAGAGAGAGAAGAGUGAGGAGCCUGCGAAGCACAAAGCACUUAACUUUAUCCAACCAGCCGCAAUACCGCCAGCUUCUGCCAAUGUCGCUGGGUGUGGAGAAGUGCCAUGCUUGGUUGAUGCCAUGAUGAGAACAAUCAUCAGCCAGUCGGUCACCCGAGAAAGCGCCGACAAGGUGAUAGAAAAUAUUAUCAAACUGAUUGGUAUGCUUGACAAGAAAGGACCUGGCCCAGAGAGUAUCAAUUGGAAUGCUCUGCGAAAGGCCCCGAAAGAUGCAGUGCUGGAGGCUUUUCGACCAGGUGGGCUUGGUCCCACAAAGUACAAUGCCAUCAAGACGUGCCUCAGCAUGAUUCGCAAAGAUAACAAGAAAAGGGCAAAGAUGUACCUCAAGGAGAAAGAAACGAAAGAUCCCAGCAAUUCGCCUGGGACAGCGAGAUUGAGCCCAGAACAAAGGGACCACCAGCUGAGCAAGAUUAAUGCGGGCAUACUAACACUGGAUCACAUCCGAAUCAUGAAGCCACAUGAUGCAAUGCUGGAACUCGUCAAAUACCCCCAGGUCGCAGUCAAGACUGCGUCUUGUCUUCUACUAUUCAAUUUGCAGAUGCCCAGCUUUGCGGUCGACACCCAUGUACAUCGGAUGACAAGAUGGCUGGGAUGGGCCCCCAUGAAAGCAAGCCCGAACGACACAUACAUGCACUGCGACUUUCGAGUACCCGACCACCUCAAGUAUGGACUUCAUCAGUUGUUCAUUGAGCACGGUGGAAAUUGCUACCGUUGCCAAGGGUCGACAGUGGAAGGUACUACGAAGUGGAAUAGUACUGUCUGUCCACUUGAGCACCUCCUGGCUCGUGACAAGAAACAGACUCAGGCGAAGGUGAAGAACAAGAGUGUGAGAGAGUCGGGCACACUCGAUGUGUGGGUAAAAUUCACCAAGCCUCAAGCUGGUGUAUCAGGGGCCGAUUAG